AUGGCGACGAACGACGAACUACAAGCAGCAAUUCUUCAGAUGUCCAAACUUCUCCAACUGUUGGCUGUUCCACAAGCAACGAACCCAGAGCAAGUUCUGGAAUCACUUUCAACCAACAUCAGCGAGUUCAGUUUCGAUCCGGAGAACGGCACCACUUUCGACAAAUGGUUUGCCCGUUACUCGGAUUUGUUCGAAAGUGACGCACGAAGUCUGGAUGAUGCAGCAAAGGUUCGGCUCCUGCUCCGGAAGUUGGACACUUCAUCACAUAGUCGUUACGUGAAUUAUAUCCUUCCGAAGCUACCGAAAGACGUCACGUUUGCCGACACUAUCAAGACGCUAUCAAAAGUCUUCGGUAGACAGACUUCUGUAUUCCACAAGCGCUACCAAUGUCUGCAGCUGGUGAAAACUGAGACGGACGACAUUAUCAGCUAUGGAGGCAAGGUCAACAGGGCAUGUGAAGAGUUCGAGUUUCAAGACUUGAAAAUCGAUCAAUUCAAGUGCUUGAUUUUCGUCUGCGGUCUCAAGGCAUCGCGCUAUGCGGACGUUCGAGCAAGGCUUCUUUCCCGCAUCGAAGGCGAGACGGCAGAAUCACCGUCGGACACUACGAUGAUCGAACAUCCAUCAAGUUCGAAAAAUUCGGUCCACAGCAUUUCGGAGAAGAAACCCGGAAAUCAGCAGCGUCUGCCGAAAACGGAAAACAAGUCCAUCCCUCGUACUCCCUGCUGGCAGUGUGGUCAGAUGCACUACGUUCGAGACUGUCCAUUCUCGGAUCAUGUAUGCAGGGUAUGCAACCGCACCGGUCACAAAGAAGGCUACUGUGGCUGUAUUCAGAAGUCUUCGAGCGGUUCUUCAACUCAACCACGUGAGAAGAAGCAGUUUCAUAAGAAGAAGAAGGCUAGUUCCAGAUCUCAAGCCAAAGGAAUUUUCGUGAACCACAUCGCAAACAAUACCCGGAAACGCAAAUUCGUGGGUAUCAUCAUCAACGGCAUCGCUAUUUCGCUACAACUGGACUCCGCCAGCGAUAUCACGGUUAUUUCCGAAACAACAUGGCAACAACUGGGACAACCGAAGCUGACUCCAUCACUGAUCGAAGCAUCCAACGCAUCCGGAGGACCACUUGUCCUCAUUGGCGAAUUCAAUUGUGACGUCACCCUCAACGGCAUGGUCAAGCGUGGCCAGUGUUUUGUAACGUCAUCGCCGGAUCUCAACGUACUGGGAAUUGAUUGGAUCGACAUGUUUAAUCUGUGGUCGAUUCCUUUUGAUACACUCUGCAGUCAAGUUGCAGCAGUAUCCAGGCUAUCCUUUGAUGAAAUUACAGCACAACUCCAAGCCGACCAUCAGGCAGUUUUCAACAACUCGCUAGGGCACUGCAAGAAAACUAAGGUAAAGUUAUUCCUCAAACCUAACGCUAAACCUGUUUUCUGUUCAAAGCGACCGGUCCCGUUCAACACGAUUUCCCUGGUGGAUGCAGAAUUGACACGUCUGCAAUCGCAAGGAAUCAUCACGCCAAUCGAUUUUUCGGAGUGGGCUGCUCCAAUCGUUGCAGUACGCAAGCCGAACGGUAAAGUUCGCAUCUGUGCAGACUAUUCUACCGGACUCAACGAAGUGUUGGAGGCCAACCACUAUCCUCUACCCACCCCGGAGGAGAUUUUCGCACAGCUCAAUGGAAGUGCCGUAUUCAGCAUUAUCGACCUCUCCGACGCAUACCUUCAGGUGGAGGUAGACGAAGAAUCGAAAAAGCUUCUCACCAUAACCACGCACCGAGGCUUAUUCCAGUUCAACCGCCUCGCUCCGGGAGUGAAAUCAGCGCCUGGAGCAUUUCAACGGUUGGUUGACACCAUGAUUGCUGACAUUCCUGGUGUUCGAUCGUUUCUUGACGAUGUCAUCAUUUUCGGACCAACCUGGGAAGCACACAAGGCAUCACUGAAUAAGCUAUUGCAACGCCUAGAGGAAUAUGGGUUACACGUCAAGCUGGAAAAAUGUCGUUUUUUUCAAACCGAAAUCGGCUAUUUGGGACACAUCGUCGAUCGGAACGGCAUCCGUCCAGAUCCUGAGAAGCUCCAAGCCAUUGCAUCUAUACCAGCACCCACUAAUGUUUCCGAGCUGCGAUCGUACCUGGGAGCCAUUAAUUUCUAUGGCAGAUUCGUUCGCAACAUGCACGAGCUUCGACAUCCUUUGGAUAAAUUAUUGAAGAAAGAUACAAAGUGGAAAUGGGAUUCCGAUUGUCAGAAAUCUUUUUUGCGGUUCAAGCAAGUCCUGCAAUCUGAUAUGUUGUUGACACACUACGAUCCAAAACUACCAAUCAUCGUAGCUGCAGACGCUUCCAGCACUGGUAUCGGUGCAGUUAUAUUUCACGAAUUUCCAAACGGUUAUCUGAAAGCAAUCCAGCAUGCAUCAAAAUCGCUCACCCCAGUGGAGCAAGGUUACGGACAGCCAGAAAAGGAAGCACUUGCGCUUAUCUAUGGCGUGACAAAAUUCCACAAGUAUUUGUUGGGUCGUCGAUUCACUCUUCUUACGGACCAUAAACCACUGGUAUCAAUUUUUGGUUCGAAGAAAGGUAUUCCAUUGCAUACAGCAAAUCGUCUUCAACGGUGGGCGCUGAUACUUCUCAACUAUGAUUUCGAUAUCCGUUACGUAUCAACCAACGAGUUCGGGUGCGCCGACAUUGCUUGGAACGAUCGAUCAGUCUGGACAGCUCCAGACUGA